GAGAGUGUGUGUGUGUGAGUGUGUGUCUUUUUUUUCCCCCCUUCUUUAAAAGGCGAAGAGGAUUUACAAAGCCAUUGGAACAGAAUUGCAAAGCCUCAACAGUUUCUUGGAAGGAACCCUUGACGCACGCGCUGGGACACACUCGAGGACACACCACAAGAGCGUUUGCUUUGCUCUUAUUUUUUUUUUGGAUUCCUGGGAAGAAAAGGCUUUUUGGGGACAAGAGCCUCCUCCAAAAGCUGAUGCGACUUGGCUUGAGUUGAGCAAACGUUUGCAAACUGUUCUCUUUCUCUCUCCCUCUCUCUCCCCCUCUCUCUCUCUCUCUCUCUCUCUGCACAAUGGCCGGAUUGUACAAUUCCACCUUGAAGACGCUGGAAGAUCUGACUCUGGACUCGGGUUAUGGUGGGGCCGGGGAUUCGUGCAGGUCCCUCAGUCUGUCCUCCUCCCGGUCCAACUCCCAAGCUUUCCAGUCAGCCCACAACAAGGGCAACUGGUGGUACCUGUCGGGCUCCAUGAACAGCCGCAACAACAGCUGGGACACGGUCAACACCGUCCUACCCGAGGACCCGGAGGGCAAUGACAUCCUCUCCAAAUGCCCCCGGCUCCCCGAGUUGGAGGAGUUUCCGUGGACGGACGAAGACGUGGGGAAGAUCCUGAAGAAAGGGAGACCCAGGGACUCCGGGAAACUCCUCACACAGGAAGCGGUCAGAAGACUGUCUUUCUUGCUGAGGAGAGCCCUGGUCAGGAUUUCCAGGGAGGCUCAGAGGCUCAGUGUGCUGCACUCCAAAUGCACCAAGUUCGAGAUCCAGAGCGCCAUGAGGCUCAUCCUGUCCUGGUCCUUGUCUGAAAGAUGCAUCUCUGCUUCUGUGAAAGCCUUGUCCCUGUACAGCAUGAGCGCUGGGGACAGGCUGAGGAAAAGCAAGAGCUCCAGGUGUGGCCUGACCUUCUCGGUUGGCCGUUUCUUCAGAUGGAUGGUAGACACUCGGGUGUCAGUUCGCAUCCAUGAAUAUGCUGCAAUCUCUCUCGCUGCCUGCCUGGAGAGUCUGUUGGAAGAGAUUGGGAUCAGGGUGGCCGCUGGCCAGAACCCAGAUGGAGGAGGAGUUGUGCACGAAGGCCGGCUGGAGCUCUCAAGCGAAACGCUAGAGAUGUGCAUCAACAAUGACGCUGAACUCUGGGGAGUACUGCAGCCUUAUGAGCAUCUCAUCUGUGGCAAGAAUGCCAAUGGUGUGCUUUCUCUGCCCGCUCACUUCAGUUUAUACAAUGAUGGAUUGUCAAGCAAGGAUGGCCGUGCUGACGCUUACGCUCAACUGGAGCUGCGAACCCUGGAACAGUCUUUACUAGCAACCUGUGUCGGCAGCAUUUCUGAAUUGAGUGAUCUGGUGUCACGGGCGAUGCACCACCUGCAGUGCUCGAAUACGCUGCCACCAGGAAUGAGUCCCUGCCGCCAUGGCAGGCAGCAGCCGGUCACAUGGUCCCCAGACGCCCUCCACACCCUCUACUACUUUCUCCGCUGCCCGCAGAUGGAAUCGAUGGAGAAUCCCAACCUGGACCCACCGCGAGUAUCCCUCAACAACGAAAGGCCCUUCAUGCUGCUGCCUCCGCUAAUGGAAUGGAUGAGGGUGGCCGUCACUCACGCUGAGCACCGCCGGAGCUCCACUGUGGACAGUGAUGAUGUGCGACAGACUGCUCGCUUACUGCUACCCGGGCUGGACUGUGAGCCACGGCAGCUGAAAACGGAAGACUCUUUCAGCUCAUUUCGAAGGCUGGACGCCAAGGCUGCCACUGCCAAGUUCCAGCAGGACCUGGGGUUCCGCAUGUUAAGCUGUGGGAGGACAGACCUGGUCAAUCAGGCCAUCGAGCUCUUAGGACCGGAUGGGGUCAAUACCAUGGAUGACCAGGGGAUGACGGCGCUGAUGUACGCCUGUGCUGCCGGAGAUGAAGCCAUGGUCCAGAUGCUGAUUGACGCCUCUGCAAGACUGGAACUCUCAGUUCCCAGCGGCAGUCAGCGUUGCCCCUCUGUGCACCCCGACAGCAGGCAUUGGACCCCGCUCACGUUCUCCGUGUUGCACGGACACAUCCCGGUCGUUCAGCUUCUCCUUGAUGCCGGGGCCCACGUGGAAGGAGCCCUGAUCAGUUCUGGGGAAGACAACUGUGGAGAGACACCUCUUCAGCUGGCCUCAGCCGCAGGUAACUAUGAGCUGGUGAGUCUGUUGCUGAGCCGAGGUGCCGACCCCUUGCUGAGUAUGCUCGACACCAACGGAAUGACGUCAGCUCUUCACGAAGACAUGAAUUGCUUCAGCCACGCGGCUGCCCAUGGCCACAGGAACGUGCUGCGCAAGUUGCUGACACCACCCCAGGCCCCAAAGAGUGACGUCCUUUCCCUGGAAGAGAUCUUAGCAGAGGGUGUUGAAAGCAGUACCUCGAGUAUCGGCAGCAUUAAUGAAGGGCAGGUUAAACUCUGCAAAGCCAGGACUAAGGCCUUACAGGAAGCCAUGUAUUACAGUGCUGAGCAUGGCUACCUUGAUGUCACGAUGGAACUGAGAAGCCUCGGUGUCCCCUGGAAACUGCACGUGUGGAUCGAGUCUUUGAGGACCUCACACCACCAAUGCAGAUACCCUGUUAUGCAGUACCUGUUGCGUGAGUUUAGUACAAUCAAAGAGGAAGAUUACAAUGAAGAACUGAUCAACGAGGGCCUACCUCUGCUGUUCGAUAUUCUCCAGAAUAGCAAGAACGAUACAGUCAAUCAGCAGCUGGCCUCCAUCUUUAUAUAUUGCUAUGGCAACGGACCCAGUCCCAGUAUCUCUGAGGUCAAGAGAACACCACCUGCUCGACUGGAUCCUCACUUUCUGAAUAACAAAGGCAUGUCGGACUUGACCUUCUUGGUAGAGGGAAAACCAUUCUAUGCUCAUAAAUUUCUGCUCGUUACUGCCUCAAACAGGUUUAAAAUGCUGCUGACCAACAGGACAUCACAAGAGAACCAGCCGUGCAAGUGCAUCGAGAUCAGCGAGAUUAAAUACCACAUCUUUCAGAUGAUGAUGCAAUACUUGUAUAACGGUGACACAGAAUCCAUCAACAUGUCCAUUUCCGAUGUGCUGGAGCUGCUGUCUGCAGCCAGCAUGUUCCAGCUGGGACCACUGCAGAGGCACUGUGAGCUCCUCUGCACCAAAGUCAUGAACCUAGAGAACUCGGUCACAAUCUAUCGUUACGCAAAGAUCCACAAUGCAACGGAGCUUCUUUCCUACACCGAGAGCUAUUUCCUGAAAAACAUGGGUGCUCUUCUUGACCAAGAGUCCUUCAGGCAACUGAUCUAUGGACGAAACAGCAAACUGCAGGGCCUGGAGCCUCUGCAUGACCUGGAGGUGGCACUGGCCAAGAGAAUGCGCUCAAUCUACAUCACAUCCAGGGUAUGAAAGCUGAGCACAAACUGAAGUGGGCCAGCAUUGUGUACAGUGCUAAGGAACACCCCUUCUCCCAAUUAUAUUUCCCACCUGGUUGUUGUUUGUUGCUGUUGGUAACUUUAACCGAGAAAGAGGUGAUCAUGGUAUCUGUAGUAAAUAUCUAGCCUGGGAUUCAUGGCUGGAAUGGAACUUGAGGUUAGACAAAUCGGAAGGCUAUCAGUAAUGCACACUUGAUGAAUUUACAUUCCCCUUUGCUCCCUCCCCACAUUAAGUGUUGAUGCACACAAUGACUUUCUUACCUAAAGCGCUGCCGACAAAGGACAGGAGCAAUGCAAACUCCCUGGCAACUGAAAUGGGAUAAACCUUCCUCUACAUAUUUACAGGCUUUCUGGGGCUCCCUAAGGUACAACAUUUUUACACUUGCAUUGUGUUGUUUGUAAGGUUGCGUUGUAUAAGAAGACAGGGAGAUGCCGAUUUUGAAGACAAACGUGGCAGCUAUUUUGCACUGAAAGGUCCCAUAAACAGUCAUGUGUUGAACGACCAGUUUAUCUGGAUGACUGCUGGCUAGCGCACCAGAAGUGCAAAUAGUGUCCUGGGAUCUUUAUCAUCCACUUGAACCGACAGGUGGAAUGCACAGGGUGUCUAUAACCUCCCAGAUAAACCCAUUCCUUGUUUUGUUGCAGUUUAAAAAAGAGGCAAGGUUAUUAAGAGUGACAAAAAGUGAAACUGUUUGAUUAGAACUUUUACAAAGUUCAAAUUGUAUUGAUCUAUUGGGAUACAUGUAGCCUGUAAGAUCACCCUCCCUUUCCUUAUCACUCCUCUCCCCCGCACCACAAAAACACAAUGAUCAAUGUAAAAAAAAAUCAAAGGAUCAAAACUCUGAUACACAUGGGAGAUUCAGGCUGGAUCAAAGGCAUUUCACUGCAUCUACAUUAAUUGUUUUUAGCCUAGAGUGACUAUAUUAAUAAUGAUGAUAACGGAUGAUAAUGUUGGAAGCUGGCUGCUUUGAUCCAGGACCUUGCAAAGCAUUCCCUGCAUCUGACAAUCACCCGUCAGAGACUGAGAACCGUGUGAAUGGGCAGAGCCAACUGAUAAAUCGAGGUGGGGGAAUGGGGGGGGAGGAGGUUUGCUCAGUGAAUAAACAAGAACGAUCCCAAACUGGAAAUCAUGCUGCCCAGUUUGACGGCAGUGAUAUCCUGCCCUUCCCGAGUAAUCUCUGGGUGUCAGUCAGUUUGCAAUGAGGGGAAGGUGCCAACAGCUCAGCACACACCAGGCACACUAGUGUUUUAUCUCAAUGCGAAACAACACAAACAUGUUGGUUUUUAAAAAAACAGUAGUCAGUAAUUUAUGUGAAGCGACUUCAGUACUGUGUGUGUACCUAUAUAUACACGGAGAUGUGUAGAAACAGUAGUCAAAAGCAACCAAGUUUUUUUUUAAAAAUUGUUUUGUUAAAGCUGACGAUUUAAUGCAGAGGACAGCAAUGCUCGGGACGGUUGAUUUGGAGACGGCUUUGAUGGAGGCAGAGUGAGGUAUUUCUGUGGCAAGUGCACUGACAAGCUGGGAUUUCCCUCUUAAGACAACUUAAUGCACACCCGCUGUGACCUUGUGUUCUGGGCUCUAGCAGCAGGAUUCCUUUGUUUGAACACUGGGACCACUUUAUAUUUUCAGGAAUCACGUAAACCUUGGAGUUCAGCACAAUGGCCCAGUUCAAAUUGCACUUUCUUCUGGCUCCGACCACAUCAGAAUUAAGUUCAUCCACCAGAGUAUUGGAUCCAGGACAAUUAAUAAAAAAAAAUCACUAAAUCAACAACCUCAUUUAGAUUGUUCAAUUCAAGAGAUGUUCUGCUGAUGUCAAAACUUAAAACGUUAAGGAUGCAAGGGUGGAAUUCAUGACAAUAACACAGGGAAAACAUCAAAUGUCGUAAAAUGACAUGCCACAGAUGAAGUGCUUUGUUGCCAAGUAACUUAAUAAGAAAAGUGGAAUAAGAACGUAUAUUUUAUCACUGUGAUUCCUACUCCCAGAGGAUGGCGUGCAUGCAUGCUCUUUUUUUUACUAAUUAUAGUUUAUACAAAUACAAAUCUUUCAAUCAAUCUUCCCCCAAAUUCCCAACAACAACAACUUGCAUUUAUAUAGAGCCCCUCAUGCAGGGAAGCAUCCAGACUCAGCCUAGGUACAGUUCCAUGGGUGCAAGCUCAAAUUAUUUUUAAAAAAAACAGUGAAUAACCCUCUUAGCUUGGUUCAUUCAUUUUCACUCGUGGAAGUCAGAAAGCAGUGGCUUUUGGUGUCUGGAUACACUCAGGCACACUGGAAUAUUAUGUAAGUAAUCUGACAAAGAAUGCCAUUGUUACAAUCUCACUUGUGAAGGACGCAGGAUUGGCACAGCAUUAUUAAUGAUCUGAAAUUGGGAACAUUUGGGUCUAUUCUCUGCUCCUUUGUAAAUUUGCCAUGUUUGCUACGUGCACUUAGAAUGAGAUUUUCCAUUAACAACCACCAAACCUGGUACAUUUACCAUCAAGCGAAAACAAAUACCACCUCUUCAGUAACUGGUACAAUAACUACCUCAUUUGCUCUGUCUUUCAUACCGUAUACCACCAUUACAGCAGUCAAGCACAGCUAACAGAAACAGAGGGAUACAGAGAUGUGGGAAUUAAGGGCACGGAAAGGAGAAUGAAGAGGCAAGGUUGUAGAGAUAGUUUGGGAUGUAAUUUUCAGACCCAUGGAGUCUAUGGGAUAGAGACCCAUUGGUAAUCCUCCAGUUUAGCUUUAGAUGGAUUGUGGUUCAGCAACUCGGGGCUGUUGUCUGAAGGUCAUAUUUGAGGUACAGUUAGGUCAGUUUCAGUAAGUGUCAAGAAUGCAAGUGGGGGCAAAUGUAUGCGGUAUGUUAUCCUUUAAGAUAGCCAUACUGGGAAGUGCGAGUACAGACAGAUGUUGUGUGGAAGCUGGAAGUUAAUUAGUUACUAUUUUGUAUUGUGUUGUUAGCUGGUACCCAGGAAACGCAAGUUCACUACUAGGUCUCAGGAUAUAUUUAUGUUGCUUAGUAUAAUUGCCCCACUUUGUAAAAUGUACUGUUAUUUUGGCUUAUUUUAGCACUGUCCAAUGUUUUCAAACGCACAUCGCAUAAAUCCUUUGGGAAUUACUUGAUUCACGAUGAUGUACACCUAUGUUGGUAGGCAGGGGUGGACUCUUGAGUUUUUUUUCCCCGGGAAUGUCUUGGACGAAUCAAAAGAUUACCGAAAUGUCAGGCAAAACAGGGGGAACGCACAGAGUUGAAGCGAGUUUACUUUCAGGGAAUGGAGGCACAUUGAGGAGCGAGUGAGUCAAUCUGUACUGCUCCGGCUCAUUAGCAGUGGGGUGGGGGGCGGGGGGUAGAGAAUAAGGUAACUCUACAUCAUCGUAACUUUCUACUCUUAUUGAAAAAAAUUCCUCCCCAAAUAGUCAGUGAAACCAAUAAGCCAAGUGAAAAGCUUUUACAGAAAAGGUGUCCUUUCUUUUGGAAACCAGUCUGACUGUAACCCUGUUGCACGACUGGAGCGAUGGGUGCAAAGUUUAGCCGUUACUACGUGCUCACUUGCUCAAGUAAAAGCCAGUUCCCUCCUUCCAGAAAUUCCGUUGUUGGCGGGACAUUUUCCGUAGAAGCACCAUUGCUAUUUACUUCUGUAAAUUAUUGCGGUCAUUUUGUUGUUUUUUUUCCCCUCCUGAUUUGAGUAUGUCUACAGCAAAACUAAUGUGUUGAAUAGAGCUGUGCAGUUUGUAAAUAAUGAACAAUAAUGGAUAUGAAAUAGUUCUAGUUCAGGUCUAUUGUGUAGAGAUUUGAUAGUGGGUUCCGAAUUUGUUUUCACGCAUGUAAUUGUUUUAAUUGUGGAAAGUUACUGAUUGUUUGGAAUGUGUACAAAAAACCAGGUCCGAUCAAACAAAACACAACAAUAACAAAUCGAUAACAUUAUCAAUAACAAAAUGAAAGCUGCAUAAAUGUUCAAAUAUAGAAAGUGGAGUAAACAGCUCCACAGUUGCCCACAAAUUCAAUCCGAGCAGCACUUGUUUCUACAGAGGAUACUUACGGGCAGCAGCACUAUGCAGAAAUUAUUUGUUAAAUAAAGUUAUGAAUGACCCAUACAACUGGAAUAAAUUCUGUAGUUUGCUGUCACCGCUCGCCAUUUAGUUUUGGUCAAACCUGUUGAGUACGUACUUCAAAGUGUUCCAUAAAUUACACAAGCAUCGGUCCUUAUAAGAAGCUUUUUAAAAUAUAAUAGUAUCUACUUUAUAAUGCUUCUGUGUUGGUUGGAGCAGAUUUUUCAUCCUCUCUCUCUCCCCACACUCCCCAGCAAUGGUUAAGAUGAGGAAAACACUGUGCAUGAGGGGGUUUGGGACAGAACUCACAAAGCUUCAUCAUUGUACCACCAAACCCACUUACCACAGCACCACUGUCCACAUACACACAUUUGGUUUUAAUAUUCCUCAGUGGUUAUAUGCACUACUUCUCAGAAGGGAGUGGUUGUAAAUAAAUAUCGAGUAGUACUGCAGACCCAUUUUUAACAGAAUGUCAUGGCACCAAAUUUAUUCUUCGUUUUAUUUUCUAUUCCUUCAAAUAAACUUCUCUUCCACUGUGUAAAGUCAGAUUUCCUCCUUAGUGUACUGCCCUGGUAAUAAAUCACAAACCUAUAAAUCUCCUCCCCGACUGUGAGAAAUUCUGGUUUGUGUUUUUCGACGUAUUGCUCUUAAGCAUCUGCUUCACACACACUCUGCCCAAAGGCUGAAAAUUACUGCAUCGAAAGUGAUUCGGUUGCCAACUACAAUCUGUAAUUAAAUACAAAAACAUGACAUAUGCUCCCAAAAUAGGCGUUACAUUAUGUCAUGCCUUAGUGGCAAGCAAUUACAUUCAAAAGGGCCAUUUGACCAAAAUAGAAGGCAGUGAGUGCACCACAAAGCCUCACAGUUGGGACAAGAUCCCAGCAUGGUUUUUGUAUAUAUUUUAAAAAACAUUGAUUUGAUAUAGCCUUCCAUUUAAAAUUUAAAAAAUACAUCAUUUGCUUUUGUUUAAUUCAGCAGCCUCAAACUUCAGUUUCUCAAUUCAGGAUUCUUUGAAUAUCAAAUUCCACAGCACAAACCUCAGCACAUUGCCAUAAACUAUGUGACAGAACACAUUCAGGGAUUGUCAGGAUAGCUUCGAGGGUGGAAGAGAAUGUGUCACAGACAAUGUGUCUAGUUUGCGAUAUUGCCAAACAAGGUUGGAAACGUUAAUUGCGAGUUCCAUUUUGCCAAUUUGUGAUUACUGUAAAAUGAUUAAACUUGCAAUUUCUGAAAGCUGCCAUUGUAUGUUUUGAAGAAAAGCAUCAGAGCAAAAUGCCAAAAUAAAUUGCAACCCAACACAUGCUACAGCAGCGUAUAGACACUGUGAGGUGAAACACAGCCACUUUCUAUGUUCAUUAAUGUGAACAUUAACAAAAAAAACUGAACAUCCCAUACUGCCAAUUGACACUGAAAGCAACAACCCAUCAACAGGGGGUGAGGCCUUUGAGGUUUGCAGACACGAAACCUUCCAAUGCAGCUGCAAACGAUUUAUCAAUCUGACCUGAAACUUUCUACACAUCCCGUAAUAAUCAUAUCUGUAAGUGUUGCUAUGCUUUUUAUCACCCUGUAUGUAUACACAUACUCACUCCUAUUAAACUAAUGUUCCACUUUC